AUUUAGCAAAAUUAUUAUCAAACAGACAAUAUGAAUAAAAAGGAGCAUGAGACUUUAGCUAAAGAAACUAGCUUAUACAAACAGAUUGCUAGAACUAGACUUUGACUUUUGAAAUCAGUUCUCACAAGGAAAAAUAAUCAAGAUAGUUUUAAAGAGGUCGACAAUACUCUCUCAAGGUCUUCUAGCAGUGAUAGCUUACCUAGACUGCUCAAGUAUUGAAAAGAUAAAUCAGGCUCAAAGUCGUUUGAGGGCGAAGAGGGAGAUUUUAAGAAUAACUCUAUUCAUAUUGAACCUGAUGAGGAGUACUUUUCAUGCGAUAACACAGGAGCAUCUUCUCCUAGUCAGAUCAAAAGGGAAGGUAUUAUUAUAACUAAUGCAUCAUGGAAUCUUCUGGAGUCAAGACUUUUGAGGAGCUGGUCGAUCCAUAACAUCACAGAAUCAGUGAAGACAUUGGGGAAGAAAAGAAGAGCCAAAUCACUGUCUUCUGAAAGCUCCAAUGAACGAUAUUAUACACUGAUGGUCAAGAAAACAGCCACCUUAAGUCUUUGAGAUCAUUUGAAGGAGAACCGCCCUCAACAAACAGGAGUUAUGGAUGCUCAGAUGGAGAGAGGAUAUGACACUCUAAAGCUUAUUUGUGAUAGUAUCAAAAAUCCUGAGGAACAAAUAAGCAUUACGAUAAAUGAACCAGAAAAGGAGGUUGAGAGAUUAGAAGGAUAUCACAAUCUCGAAUUGACCAAUAUAGUAAAACCAGGGCCAAAACUGUCCUUCCAGAGACUAGAGAUCAGCCAUACUUCUCAUAUAAAUGAUGUAAAAGUGGACCAGAACUUCAAAGACAUGACUAAAAGGUUAGUCGAUCUUGCAGAUCAAGUCACAGGAGAGCCAUCCCCUUCAAAGCGAAAGUCAAUGAAACUUAAGAGGAAGUCGAAGUAUAAGAAACGAAGUGAUCGCACUAUUACGUGGGAUCAUACCAAUGAAAAUGAAUACUUUGAAAUGGAUCAGAAGAUUAACAAUAUUUCAAAACCCAGAAAAAUAUCAGCUUGUGUACAUUCUCUUAGUGAGGAGAUCAAAUCUGGAGCAAGCUCAAUUAAGCAUAAGGAGGAUGAGGGUUAUUACUUGUUUUCUCAGACAGAUGAAAUAAAAGAGGAUCCACUAGAAGGUGAGGGUGAGGCAUGCAUCCAGAGUCUUCUAAACUUAAACUUAUGACAGAGUGAAAAUCUUGAACUCGAGAGGAGGAGAAGUGAAGUCUACACUGUUAGCGGGAAAGACGAUGCUUAUUCCUUCUCAUCACAGUUGAACAUGAAACCUCAGCUUAGUCAUGGCGUUAAGAAAACUAAGAAGAAGAGACUCAGGAGAGGAACCGUCAUCAGCUCUUCUAUUCUUCCUGAAUGCACAGAAUCGCCUUGUAAUUUCAUGAAGCCGGUUGGUAGCACGAAGAGCUUCUCUCCGAUGAGCAAGAAGGCAAGGCAAAAGUCUAAAUUUUGUCCUUCUUUCUCAGAUACAUCUAAUACUUCGCCUGCAGGGAAGUUCAGUUCGAAUUCAUCUACUUUAAAGAAAAAGUCUGUAGCAUCGCCUUCAUCCUUCGCUCCAAAGGCACAGAUCAUGAAGAUGAUAAACUCUUUGCAGGAGAUCGAGAAAAAUUUGUAACUACAGGUUUUGAGCAGCUUCA